AAUCGCUGCAGCGGGUCUCUCUUCUCUUCUUCUUCUCCUGAAUCACUAUGACUUUCAAGGCCGUGAUCUUCGAUAUUGGUGGUGUGUGCGUAGGCUCGCCUAUGGCUGGAAUCCAUAGAUACGAAAAAGAACACGGAUUACCAAGAAACUACAUCAACGUUGCAAUUGUCAAGCAAGGUGAAGACGGUGCUUUCCAGAAAUUAGAGCGCGGUGAGAUUCGACUCAAUGAUUUCUACAAACAAUUCGGCGAGCAGCUCUCGGAUCCUCGUCAUAAGCAAAACUACAAGGAAUACCUCCAAAAGUCAGGCAGACCCGUUCCUGAAAAUAUACCCAAUGUUUCUGUUGACGGAAAGGCGCUGUGGACGACCAUGAUGGAUGAGACCAAUAACGUCGAUGUCAAGGUGUUCCAUGCCAUUAACAAACUCAAAGAAAGCGGUCAGUUCAAGGUGGCUGCCUUGACCAACAACAGCGAGACUGCAGCUGAUCAGAACAAGACCUCGGAUUCUUUGCGAGAAACGUUUGAUUACUUUGUCGAGUCAAAGGUGGUUGGUCUGCGGAAACCGGAUCCCAACUUCUUUUUGCAUGCUUGCAAAAUCAUUGGUGUUGAACCUCACGAAGCCAUCUUUCUCGAUGACAUUGGCAUGAACCUUCGUUCUGCCAAAAAGUUGGGCAUGGAAACCAUUCAGGUUCAAAUGGGUCGCUCCGAAGAAGCCAUCAAAAAGUUGGAGGGUCUCGUGAAUUUGGAUUUACAUACGGGUGUUCCCAGCAAACUGUAAAAGUACAUUACUCUAUUACUAUGAGAUGAUA